GUGCCAGCCUCAUCGGUAUCAUUGACAAGUUAUUCUUUAGUCUGGAGAGGGGAACCACAUGAGCGAUAACUAUACAGCGAGACAACAAUUUCUGUCAUGAUUCAAACGAGUCAAUCUCACUUGAUACACCACGUGUUUACAAUCGAUCACUAGUCGUCCGAGUGUAUCAAACUUUUCAUUUACACCGUAUCAUUAAUCCUUGACUUAACGGAUUUUUCAUUCCAACUCUGAAUGUUUGAUUCACUAUUUUGUCUGUCAGCCAGUGUCAAGUGUCACAUUGUUGUCUAUAUUUUUUACCUACUGCGGUAUCCCAUCGCCUAGUUUUCCGAUCGAUACAUUCUAGAGGAAAACCAUAAAUCACCGCGUCAAGCGGAAUUCCCGCGCCCGGAAAUUCCUACAAUGCAGGACCGUUCAGUGAUUAUCUCACCCGAGUAUUUUUAAAUUGCUAACGAGAGAGAAAAUAAAAGGGGGACUUUAGCGGGUAGUGAUUUUGUGAGUUAAAAGUGUUAUCAGUGAUUUACAUGAAAUUACCAAAGUUCAUUGUUGACAAGUGGUGGAGCGAGAAAAUUCAAUGAUCAAUGGCUAUUGUCGUGGGAAUUAGCGCUGAGGAUGAGCUAAUUGCAUCGUAAAAUCUUCGACAAUUGAGGCUAUGGAUCAACGAGACCCGAAUCACUGCAAAUAAUGUUUUAUUGAUAAUGUACACCAUUGUUUGAAGACUCGCAGACGAGUUUAACUGAAUUUCGGUCUGAAUAUACGCUAUCAGCAGACUCAAUGCUGAGCUCCUGAACUCCUGGUGAAACUGUAGACGUAGAUUGAUUCAACCAUAUCCUGAGUAAUGUGCGAAAGUCAAAUUGGGCCUGACGUUGACACCAGUACAAUAUUGACAAUAAAAUAUUCAUUAUCGGAGAGCAUUUAUAACUGCUGUUAAGGAAAUUAUCGACAUAUUUUUGUGGACUGAGUGUGCCAAUAUUUUGAUAAUCCCCCCACAUCAAGACAGAUAGGGGAAACGAAUGAAAGAGUGCCUAGACGACAGAAAUACCAAGAUUACUGAGACAAUUCAUCACAUGAAACACACGAGGAAGAAAAUCGUCAAUAAAGAAUUACAAUAACACGAAGGUGGGACGUUAUUUGUGGGGAAUAACCAGAGGAAUUGGAUAGAUUUAAUUGGAAGGAGGAAAAUUCUAUCGUCUUUUCAUGCAGGAGACUGUGGAAAUGGAUGCAACAUCUUCAGAUUACGUCAAAGCGGUAGAAUGUGGUGUACCAUCGACGCAGUUUUUCUCCGUUAUUGGAAGUGGGAUAGUUAUGAUUCUAAACGUGUGAAUGUUAUUUAUUAUCGUUUAUUUUACACGAUCGAAAGGCACAACCGCUUUGAUUCGUUUCCUUUGAGGGACUAACUAAAAACAUCAAAGGAUCACUACACACUGGACCUGAUGACACAUCAACAGUCCCACUCAUGCCCUGGUGGUGGAGACGAAAAUUUAUCGUCGAAGAUGGGUGAUCCUGGCUAUCUUCGUCCUCUACAGUGCAUGCAACGCGAUGCAGUGGAUCCAAUACAGUAUAAUUGGAAAUAUUAUCCAGGAGUAUUACGGUGUUAAUUCAUUUACUGUGGACCUGACAAGCGUGAUCUAUAUGAUAACGUACAUACCUUUUAUUUUUCCUGCCAGUUAUCUUCUUGACAAAUUUGGACUUAGAAAUGCAGCCUUGAUAGGUGCAACUGGCACUGCAUUAGGUUCAUGGAUUAAAGUAUUCAGUGUUUCGCCUGACAAGUUCUGGGUAACUUUUGUAGGACACACUAUAGUGGCGUUAAGUCAGACGUUUGUACUUUCUGUUCCAUCGAGAUUAGCAGCCGUUUGGUUUGGGCCUGAUCAGGUCAGCAGUGCUUGCAGCAUCGGAGUCUUCGGUAAUCAGCUGGGUGUUGCAAUUGGAUUCCUCUUCCCACCGAUGCUCGUAUCGAAGGCCGCUGUUGAACAUGGCCUACAAACAAUGUUCUAUAUUGUAGCUGGAGCAAGUUCCGUGAUCCUGGUGCUCAUCAUUCUCUUCUUCAAAGCCCAACCACCCCUACCACCGAGUCCAGCCCAAGCGGUGAGAAGAGAAGCUGCCAAGUCGGAAAACUUCUUUCAGUCCAUAAAGAGGCUCCUUCUGAACACUGGUUAUCUCCUAUUACUUCUCAGCUAUGGAGUCAAUGUUGGAAUAUUCUACGGCAUCAGCACUCUUCUUAAUGAUCUUAUCUUGAAUCACUUUGAGAAUGCGGAGACGGACGCCGGUCGAAUUGGCCUUUCGAUUGUCUGUGCCGGAAUGGCAGGAUCGGUUUUCUGCGGUGUUAUUCUCGAUAAAACUCACAAGUUCAAGGAAACAACUCUCGGAAUUUACGUAUUUUCGCUGCUGGGUUUCAUUGUAUUUACAUUCACCCUCGAUUGUGGGUCAAUCGUUGUUGUGUACCUCACAGCAGCACUUUUAGGAUUUUUCAUGACGGGUUAUCUGCCAGUUGGUUUCGAGUUCGCCGCCGAGUUGACCUAUCCGGAGCCAGAGGGGACAUCCGCUGGACUCCUCAAUGCUGUCACGCAAAUAUGUGGAAUAAUCUUCACAACACUCUAUCGACUACUGAUCAAUACCUGGAGCGAUUUUUGGGCGAAUAUUGCAUUGUGCGCUAUACUCGCUGUCGGUGCAUUAAUCACACUCGUGAUACCGAAUGAUUUGAGACGACAGAAUGCCAAAUUGUAAUUUAAAAUUAUUAUUGGCAACAAAUGGAAAUUGACAGGUUACAUGGAGAGGUAAUUUCUAUCAAAAUUCUAGUACGAAUACUGGUGAUAAUUGCGAGCUCUUGGCUGUGAAACAAUCUGAUGCUGUUGAGGAACUAUUUCUGAAGAAUUGACAGACAUAUUCACAGACGUGAGAGAUAAAUUAAUAGUCAAACCAAUAAAAUUUCCAGCACUUGCACUGGAUUUGUUUCUGGGCACCAUUUUACCCCUUUUAUCCUGUACUAGUACCAGAAUUUUUAUUAGAAAUUUCUCUCCAUGUAGAAUUUAAUUUGAGAAAACGACAUUAAAUUUCCCUUAAGGAGGGGGAUCAUGAAAAUUAAUGAUGCAGUGAAGACUUAAUUGGAUUUACCAUUUUUUUUAACCGAGAGGACGAAAGUUAUCCUUUUUACUUGAAUUUUGCAAAAAUGUUGAGUCACGUUUUUUAACUUUUGCGGCUCACUCUCCGCUGUCGGUUUUACGACGUCACAAACAGUUAAUUCAAUUUGAAAAAUGAAAAUAAGCAGCCAAAUGAUUAUGCGAUGUUCUUUAAACAUUUCGUAAUUUAUUUAUUGCUUUCAUCGCAAAAUUUCGUGGUUCUCCCUUCGAGAGUCUUUCAUACAGUUUGACAAAAUUGCAUUUGCAAUUUGCGAUCAGUUGAAAACCUCAGGAAUUUUUCGCCUGAAAUUUUCUGAGUUUCAUUAAUUGUCAUGGAAUAAUCAGCUUCAAAGCGGCCGUUUUCAUUUAUUUUUUCGGUGAAUUCCGAUUUUUUAAAGACUAAAUUCCGGACAAGUUCAGAAAAAAUUUAUCGGAAAAAAUAUAUUAAAUGUGUGGGAAGGGUCAGACAAAUAUCUCUUGCUGGUAUGAUACAUAGGCCUCUUCCAUUUACUUCAACAGUUAGUACAAUGUUGUCAUAGUCAAUACUGUUUAGGAAAUAUUUAUAGACACUGCAUGCAUUUCAGAAGGCUUCGUGUUCUUUACUCGAUAAUUUUUUUGACAAAUGUAUUCCUUAGUUCAUUGAAAAUGAAUGAAUAAUGACGUUGAAUAUCGUGAUUUGCGGAUCAAAUUGUUUAGUUCGUAAGGAUUGAAUCGAUGAAUCGAUGGAUAUUUACAAUCUGACAAUAACGUGAGAAAAUGAAUAAUAAUGAGUGGGGACCAUUGAAUGGUAAUAGGAUCCCGUUGUUAUUUAUGGCGCACUCAUAUCCAUAUUUUUUAUAUAGAAUGUUUAACCCCAUAGUGUGUUGAUAAUAAUUAAGUCAUAUAAGAAGUAACAGAGAGUUACAAAUCAAUUAGCGACAAUAAUGAAGAAUACCUACAUGUGUACUAAGAAUGUUUAACGCGAUAUACAUCUGUUAUUAAUAUUCCCUUGAAUCGAUGAAGAUCUGAAAAGGCUGAAGUCUAGUGUACUCGGUUGUAUAUAUUUUCGUCUUCUGUUUUUUAUGUAAUUCAUGUAAUGUGGUGAUUCCCUUAUUUUGAAACAUUUUUAAUCCGCCAAACUUGAGUCAUGAGCAAGAUUGUUAUCACCUAAAAUGACAUUCCACUCUAAUAUUUAGAAUGAACAAUAUUGAGUCAUUUUUUGUUGGAGAUUAUUUCAGUGAUAAUUUAUUGAUAAAGAUACUACAUUUAAUUUGAUAAUGCUGGAGAUAUCACAGAGGAAAACUAUAUUUAUCGAUGUUCAUGUAGUCUUACUUGAUCGGAAUGUAUAUGGUUGUUGUUUUCGUUAAUAAAUGAUGGCAAAGAACUAA